AUCGCGAUACCCACAACUUGGAGGGAUUCAAAUGAACAGUGUUAUUUAUCAUUAGUACAUUACUGUACUGUGUACAGCAUCAUUUCUGCAAUAAUAUAUUUACUACCUAGAUACGUGUAUGACACAUAGUUAUACUCAUAGACAUAGGUAUUCUGGUAUCCUCGAAACACAGCAAAUAGCUAAUUGUGAUAUCAUUAUUCAACGCAAAAAUGCCAAAAUAAAGAUUCUCACACGUCAUAGGCCUAGUCAUUCGAGGGAAUGUGAGUGUGUCACUGUGUAUAGCGGAUGCGAUAAAUAUCAAUAACAUGAAUAUAUCACAGGAAAGAAGAAAAGGAGAAAAAGAUAGUAGCAAGGGCUCUGCAAAAAAAGGAAAAGUUCGGUUUGAUUUUGAUGAAGACGAUCCUCUUGCUGGGUUGCUGUCGGACGAUGAAGCAGAUGCCGCUAGUCAGACCAAAAAGAAGCUGCUUACGAGGAAAUCAAACGUGCUCGCUGCUUCUGCGGAGUCACAACAAGAGGCAUCCACCACUCCCGCUGCACCAUCCCAAGAGAAAGCCAAAAUCAAGAUACCAUCACAUUUUCUCGACGACGAUGACGUAAUAGCAAACAAAUCGGGCGAUAAAAGUACGGACUCGGGAAAGCAGGCUGCAGCCGGUGAACGUGCAAAGCUACGGAAAGAACCUUCCUUGGGAAAAUCGAGCCUUAAAAAGCAAGAUGUCAGCUUUAGUGACGACGAUGACAUCCUGGAUGAACUUACACGUCCUAGUCGCGUAACCGCUCGGCAAAAGGCUGAAGAACCUGCUAAGAAUGAAGCUGCGACACCAAAUCCGCGUGGAGGGAAAGCGAGGCAGUCCGCUGCCGAUUUCGAUUUUGACGAUGGCGAUGUUCUCGGUGAUUUGGGCUUGGAGGACACUCCACCUAGGGAGCAGGAAAGGACUAUUGCGGAUGAAAAUGCAAAAUCCAAUAUCAUGAGUGAGCUGUUUGGUACGAAACCCAGUAUGACUGUAGAUACACCGAAGAGUGCCACUAGUGGAAAGAGACAAUUUGUGUUGGACACAAAAUAUAAGAAAUCAGAUCUGGGAGACACUUUUAAUGAACGACCUGCUAAAACACAACUCAGAAAACAAGGGGAUUCAAUGGAGGAAAACUUCCAGUUUGGUAGCUACAUGCCUUCAGCUGUUACUAAUCGUCCCAGCACUGCCCCUCGUGAACCAAGAGGGUCAGACGUUGAGUCUAAAGACCUUUUAGGUACGCCAUCCCGAAGGCCGCAUACUUCCGGAAUGGGCAGACGCCGUGGCGAUGGCACAGAUCUUGAUUGGCUAAUGGGAGAUGUGAAGAAUGAUGGUGUGAAAACCGAUGAAGGACUACCAACUUCAGCUAAAACAGAUGGCGCCACUACUGAAACGGACGCGAAGGUGGAGACGGAUUGGUUGGGACGGCCAUUAAAGAUGGCAGCUACUGCGGGGCCAACGUCUGGCCCCUCAACAGCACCCACAGCAAAGAAGGAACACAUUUCCUCGACAAAGGAGCCAGCCACACGUGUGAGUGCUGACGGCGCAAACCGGAGAAAAUCAGACGGCGAAAAUGCAACGACGCUGCAAUCAGUAACGCCUGCUUCCCCACAGAGAGGCGAUUCACUGGCUGAGCACAGUAAACCUCACAGCCAGACUCAGCGCCAGGAUAGUAACAAUUGGCGGGGAACGUCAGCCGAUACAGAUGUUGCACGGAACGAUCAUUUGGGUGCGAGGCCCACUUCUCUAGAGCAGCCCAAAGGUGAACCGCUAAGUCGGCAUGGUCCGAUUGUGGAAACGCCUUCUCUCACUACUGUUCCGACGGCCGCUCAAGCAGAUAUUCUGCAAACACCCGUGCGAGAACAACACGGAACACAAGUGCUUCCAGUGGACCAAGGACUUGAGCAGCAGACACCGGAUCAAGUACUUUGGGAUCAGUAUGACCAGGGGUCACCAGGCAUCCUUCCCGCGGUACUGCCGUCUGCCAGCGUCCAGCAGCCGUCUGGUCGGGGUCGUGCAGCGGUCGCCGUCGGUGGUGGCUCCCACACACAGCCCCAUGCCCUCACUGCGGAGCUGCACGGAUUUCAGAGCAGAAUCAGGCAGUUAGAGUUGGAAAGGAAUGAGCUUACGUCUAUGUUGGAGAGCAGUAAAGUCAGGCUGAGCGAGGAAGGGGAGGCAGUAGAGACGUCCUACAAGAAACGGGUGGCGGUCCUGGAAGAAAUUCACACCAAGCGCGAGAGCAGGUUACAGGAAGAGAUAUCGGAAUUGACAAAUCAGCAGUCGGCCAGGGUGACGAAUCAGGAACAGGAACGUAAGGAGUUAUUGGACGCUCAAUUGUUAAAGCUGGAGAUAUGGGAGAAAAACAAACACGAGGAGAUUGAUCGACUAAAAAGUGCACAUAGACUGGCGCUGUCCGAGUUGAGAAAGGACCAUGAUGACCAACUGUUGAGGCUAAACAAAAUCCGAGAGCAAGAGAUUGAAGCAAUUACCAGUGUUCAAUCACACAGCAGGUCGCUACAGCAUGUCCUGGAUAAGAUGGACGAGAAUGCACAGAGCCUUGGCGAUCUGCAAGUGAAAGUCGAAUCUCAGCACAGCUCCCAACUGAAUGACCGCGAGGCUGCCUUAAAGAUACGGGACGAGCAACUAAAGCUGCUUCAGGGGAGACUGGUACGGCAGCAGGAUGAUAAUGAAGCAGAGAGGGGGCGCCUGCAGCAGCUUAUUACCAGGCUGGAGGUUCAGCUGCAGGAGCAAGCCCAGCAACUGCAACAGGAAAGAUGGGAUCUGACAAAAGAACAGAAUCGGUUGAAGACCCUCCAGGUGGCUGUGGACAAUGAGAGGAGUAUGCUACAUGAUAGCAUCAAGAAGGAGAGAGCUGAUAUACAAAAGUCAAAGGAUGCGUUGUUAGAGGAACAGAAGACCAUCCUCACGCAGCUGUAUGACGAGCGGCGGUCUAUGGCCAACGAGCGCACACAGUUGUCUUCCAGCCAGGGACUGUUACCUGGAGGCCAACAUGAACUGGCCAUCAAGUCUAUAAAGUCGCAGGCAGAGCAUGAGGCUGUGCUGAGUGACAUUGCGCGGCAAAAGCAAGAGCUGAUCGCCAAAGCAGAUGUUUUGGAACGGGAGACCGAAAGGCUGAACGACGAGAAGCGGCAAAUUCAGCAACAGAAGCGACAUCUGGAGGAAGAACAGAGGAAGCUCGAAAACCUCAGUGAAGGCAUCAAAAAGCGUUCGGAAGAGAUUGAAGAGCUCGGCCUGAUAGCACUGAGUCAGCGGGAGGAGGCCGAAGCUGCUAACUCGGCGGCAAGAAAUGUGGAGGCAGAGCAGAGCAGUCUCUGGCCGAUGAUUCAGGCCCAGAUGGAGGUUCUGCGAGGCAAGGAGAAGCAUCUUGCUAAGGAAAAGCUUGAUGUCAUCAGGCAGCAGCAAGAGUUGGAGCGGCGGAAAGGUGACAUGUUAGUUUGCUCCAGCUGUAGGGUCCCCAUACGCGAUCGACUACUUACGAGUACAGCAGUUGAUGCAGCCGUAUCUGAUGCACCAAAACCUGCACGGAAUCCAUUUGACAUGGAUAGUAUCACCGCCUGGAAAUUAAACUCGGAUAAGGAUAAGGAUUUCUUGGAACAGGAAAUGCUCUUUCUGGAGGCGCUACAGUAUUCCACUUACCAUAACCCAUCCCAGGCUAGCUGACAACCAUUUUUUGGAGAUUAUUAGAGUUAGAGUUUAUUGUAGGAUGUUGAGUGCUCUAUCACACUUUCAGUACAGUAAACAGUGUCAUAAAAAGACGUUUUCAUCGCAACACCCGAUAUGUUAAUCAGAAUUAGCGAUUUAUUAUAAUUUAAUUGAGUGUCAAUACAUGAUACAUUGAAAGUGUAAUGAGGCACAUGGCGCACAGACACUGCAUCAUAUCAUCAUCAUCAUCAUCAUCAUCAUCAUCAUCAUCAUCAUCAUCAUCAUCAUCAUCAUCAGUACAUCUGUUCCUGCUAGCAUGCAUUGUCCAUGAAUCAUCCAGCCCUGUUGAGACUAGUCAGUGUUGCUACUAUGCAUCAUUUCUAAUUUCUUAUCUUAAAUAAUCUGCACACUUCAAAUCUAACGUUCAAUAAAAAUAUAACUAUAUUUUUUCAAUACUCCUGACGGGUAUGCUCUCUCUUUCUCUUUCUCUUUCUUGCAACUUGAGAACGAAAUGUGAUAUAUGAUCAAGAGCGUAUUGAGUAUGCUUAAUUAUUACUUAAUACGCUCCUGAUAUGAUGGAUAACAAGAUGUACAGGAAGACAGUUCGAAGGCUAUAUCGUAUUAAAUACCAUCGUAUAGUAAUAUAUUACAUGUUUUAGCAUAGGAUUGCAAGUAUGAGAUAUCAAAUCCUGUGUAACUGGCUCACAUAUAUAACUGAAUAAAAACAUCUAGUCCAAAUGCUAGAAAAUGGUUUUAUGCAUGCUAAAGACUAGACUAGCAAUUUAAAUACAUGUGCCCUCUGUGUGGAUACGAAAUUAUGAGAACACGUGCAUAAGAUACAUGUAGAUACAAGGGGGCGUGUUGGUACGCACGCUUGACAGGAUGUAAAAACCGACUUAUGAAUGUAAGCCUUCCGGGGCCAAACAACUAUACAUACAGACGGAAUCAUUUCACAAUGCAUAUUACAAGCACAAUCAAACCUGCACUCCACCCUAUAUAUAUGAACACACGUACUAUGCGCAAGUUUUGAGAGACUGACGUACACACUAUGACAAACCUCUUACACCAUCAUUCUAUAUCAACGCAGUGGUUUACGGCGAAAAUAACCUCGUACAUAAAUUAAAUUAAACUUAUUACACUUGCACUGUAGUAUCCUGUACAGCAAUAUAACAUGUGCACGCCUCUUUCUUAUAUAUGGACAGUAUCGCAUAACAUCAAGAAUUUCUACUACAUUACACAAUCAGGAAUAGAUUUACUCCUGAUAAAAGCAUUACAACCUAGCAAAAGUCACAUAAGUAUGCAUUGUAUACAGGGUCCUGUAAUUAUGAUGCAUCGUAAUUUAACGUUUAUAUCGUAAUAUCGUAUAACGUUAUGCUUUGCACAUGGUUGGUGGAUGAUAGAUACACUCAUUUAGUUUAAAUCCCUGUAAAGGUAUACUGAUGAUGCUGUCACGGCCAACUAUUUAUAUGAAAAUAUUUCUGAAGCCGUUUCUAUCCAUUUGUGAACUUGACAGUAUCAUUGUUACACCGUCUCACAAAUCUCCAACGUAUGCUACGAUAUACAAACAUGAUGUUGCACCACCAUCGCUCCAUUUUAUGCAACUGAAUUACCAACAAAGUUGAAAUAUUUAAACCAAAACGUGUCCAUUUGGAAUUUAAUACAGGCAUGAUAUUUAACCCCCGGAUUAAAUCGGUUUUCUCACUAUUCCCCCAACCAGUUCACCCACUGUAUCGAUGUGAAUUCAAAAUCAAAAUUUGGGCUAGGAGUAGAGUUAGAUAUGUGGGUUGAAGUAUUCUGCACGUGAAUUAUCUCUGCUGUAUCUAUCUAUACAUGUUAUAAUAAUAUAAUAAUGACAAUAUAUUAUAUCAGGAGC